UUGAAAUGGCAUUCCAUCAAAGUUACUCGCCUAAUUAUUUCGCGUUGAAUGAUAUUUUGUGCACCGAGGAACGUUUAUUCUGCAAAAUCGAAGUAGAGUUGCCUGGAUUAGGUUUCUUGGAUUCCUCGUCCCAAACGGACAAUUUGAGCGCGGGAACCAAGGUACAAUUCCCAUUAUGGUUGGCAGAAUCAUUGUCAAGCUUGCAGAAUCGCAUAAUCAGCGUCGAUGUACCGAGUAUAUAUAAGGAAGGAUAUAGGGAAAUUUUAGAAGCCGCUGCGGAUGCUGUUGGUUUAAGCAAAUGGAAUCCUUACUUUUACGAAUUAGGAAUUUAUGUACAGAAGUUCGGGGCCAGAGAAUCCGAACUGAUAACUAAAAGUUUGUUACAGACGUUUAAGUCUCGUUUUCGAUUAGUUAUGGAUUGGGCUCAAAACCCGACAUCCGAUCCAACGUUGGAUAUUAAACUUCCUCGACUCGAAAGGAACAUUUAUCAGUCUGGAAUAAAGGCUAGAGAACGUUUGUCAGAAUGGCUGAAAAUGGGUACUAAUAGCAUUCUUCCUUCUGAAAUUACGGCGAACUUAAAAAAACGCAAACGCGUGGACUACGAGCUCGAUUAACAUUUUUCAUAAAGCAUAAUUGCACGGAUAUUUAUUAUUUACUUGGUAAUAUUUUUAAAUAAACCUGAAAAGACUCUGAUCUAUCGGUGACCAAAGCGAAUUGACCGCACAAGCGUGGACGUUGAUUGUUUAAUUGUAUCAUCAUUAGCUUUUAAUUUUGAAUACAAUUGUUCUUACUUGUUGCGCGUUUUCGUGACAAAUCUUUUACUUCUGAAGGUGUUGGAAAUAACGAGAACAGUGAUAAAUAUAUGAAAAGCAUAAAGAUACAUGAAAAGAUGAAGAUCCAGAAGAAUGUGUGUGUGUGUUUUGUAACAGAAAAUGUUU